AUGCCGUCUAGACAACCUCAAGCAUCUUUGUUCCAAGUCUAUCUACGACUACGCCCGCCGAUCGCAACCAGACAAGAUGAACCCGAACGUUUUCUGACAGUCGAGCCCCCGGAGCCAACCCAGGCCGAUGAGAUCGUUGCGCCUGUUCCUACCCACAUCACAUUGCAGCCACCAAGCGACUCGAGAAAGCGUGCAGUGGAGAAAUUUGGCUUCACAAAAGUUUUCGAAGAAGGUGCUUCGCAGCUCGAUGUCUUCCAUGACACCGGCAUAGAAUCCCUCGUGAGAGGAGUUCUGACGGAGGGUCGCGAUGGACUGGUCGCAACACUGGGAGUGACAGGUAGUGGAAAGAGCCACACAAUCCUCGGCUCCAAGACGCAGCGAGGACUCACCCAAAUGGCCCUGGAUGUUAUCUUCCGUUCACUGGAACCAACAUUGAAGACGGAGGAUGGCGGCAUUACCCCCAUGAUGCUUGCUUCACUGGCUGCCUCGGAUACCUCUGAGGCACAACUGUUUGGCGCCCAGACCUUUUUGGAAGCUGUUUAUGGCGAACCCAAUGGACGGAGCUCGAGAGCCCAAACUCCCAUGAGUCCCUCUCGCACCAACACCCCACUAACGGUAUGGAGCCCCGAAAAUUUGAAUUCCCCGGAAACCCUAUCUAUCGUUCGCCCCCAUACCCCCGGACCUGGUCUUAAACCUCGUACCAAGCCUGGAAGCAAUCGAAUGGUGGAAUCAGACCUGCUUGCUAGCGACAUGGCCUUGGAGCAGCUUGGUUCCUUCCGAAUGUCCCCUGAAAAGCCGGGGAACAUUACCCCAGGAUCUUUCAACCCAAUCCCUUAUACCCGUUCCAGUUUGCACGAGUCCCGUUUAGCUAAAUCUCGACUUAUUGUUUUUAAGGAGCCCACCCCUGCUUUGGUAUUCCCCCGCCGCCAGCAACGCGACAGACCCAGUGUCCUCCCGAAACUGCCAGAUGUCAGCCAUUUGACCGUCGAUUUAAACCCACGAUCCGAUUACGUCGUCCUAGUGUCCAUGUACGAGGUGUACAAUGACCGCAUCUUUGACCUCCUGUCUCCAGCUAUUACACCCGGAGGCAAUACCAUGUCUCGUGGUAAUAGCCAGAAAGACCGACGGCGCCCACUGCUAUUCAAACCCACGGAGGGGUCGCCGGACAGGAAGGUUGUGGCCGGCUUGCGCAAGAUUGCCUGCAGUACUUACGAGGAAGCGUUGGCCAUUCUCGACGUUGGUUUGACUGAGCGGAAGGUCACAGGUACAGGAUCGAACAGCGUCAGCUCCCGAAGCCACGGCUUUUUCUGCCUGGAAGUCAAAAAGUUGUCUAACAAGCGACACGGCGAAGCCAGUUGGGUGGGUAAUACUCUCACUGUCGUGGAUCUGGCAGGCUCGGAGCGAGCCCGAACAGCGAAGACUGCUGGUGCCACGCUCGCCGAAGCUGGUAAAAUUAAUGAGAGUUUAAUGUACUUGGGUCAAUGUCUGCAAAUGCAGAGCAACCUGCAGGACGGGGUCAAGACUGCACUUGUUCCUUUCCGGCAAUGCAAGCUCACUGAGCUCCUAUUCUCGAACUCGUUCCCAUCGUCGAACCAGAUGUCGCGUGGACUCCAUCCUCAAAAAGCCAUCAUGGUCGUCACUGCGGACCCAUUAGGUGACUUCAAUGCCACUUCCCAGAUCCUCCGUUACUCCGCGCUAGCCCGGGAGGUAACCGUUCCUCGCGUUCCCUCUCUGACCGAAUCAAUAAUAUCUUCCUCUUCCGGCCGAGAUCGAUCCGGCAGCGGUAGGGUCUCACCAAACGGUAUUUCUGCGGAAGAAUUGGACCGCGCAGUGGCCGAGAUCGGUCGUCUAACAAAGGACUGCCACAGUCUCGCCAUUAGACUUGCAGAAGAGGAGAUCGUUCGUUCGGAGUUAGAGAUCAGGCUUGCAGCGACAGAAGGCCGAUGCGUAGACCUUGAGCAAGAGGUUCGAGAAGAGUGCUGGGCCGAAAUGGAUGAGAUGAUGGAAGCUGAGCGGAAACGAUGGCAGAAGGCUUGGGAUGAGCAGAUCGGCCGCAACGAUGAGCACAUUGACCGAAAGAUUGAACUUGUUUCGCGAGGCUUCAACAUUUAUGAAGACCCUGAGCCAUCGACAGAUGACCGUGUGGAAGAGCUAGAACGGGAAAACGACCAGCUACGUCGUCGUCUAGCAGCUCUCGAACGAGAGAUGAAUUCGCAUUCACCUACUCGCAAGCCAAGAGCGAAGAAUGCCACGCCGGCGCGGCAACAUAACAACGUGCUCGGCCGCGAAAGCGACAUUGAAAAUGCAUUGCAGCGCAUGAACCAACUUAAUCUUACCGACAGCAUGUUCUCGCCUCCAUCUCCAAGCUCGCCGGUCAAGAGCACACGAAAGAUGGCGACUCGGAAAUUUGACCUGGCACCGGAAAACGAGAUUUAA